AUGGAAUCCAAGAGACAAGAGGCUUCGGCCCGCAGCACGGAUUUCGACGAGUUCUCCAUGGCCUCUGCCUCAAAUUCCGCCCCAAGCUCGCCCGAGCUGGGCUACGCCAGCUCCGAUGCCAGCAGCAUCCAGACGCCCAACUCGUCUGUCAGCCCCUUGGCCGUCGCCGAUUCCUUCGUCUUUGCCUUCGACAUCGACGGCGUCCUGGUCCGUGGUGGAAAGGCCAUCCCGGAAGCCAUACAGGCCAUGAGGGUUCUCAACGGUGAGAACGAAUUCGGCGUUCAUGUCCCUCACAUCUUCCUUACAAACGGCGGCGGCAAGACGGAGGAGGAGAGGUGCGUCGACCUCUCCGGUCAGCUGCUGCAGGACAUCCGACCGGGCCAGUUCAUCUGCGGUCACACGCCGAUGAGGGAAAUGUCGGAAAAGUACAAGACCGUGCUCGUCGUCGGCGGCGAGGGUGAGAAGUGCCGUCUCGUCGCCGAGGGCUACGGCUUCAAGGACGUCGUCACUCCCGGAGACAUCAUCAAGCACGACGCCGCUACGACACCUUUCCGCAAGCUCACUCCCGAGGAGCACGCCAAUUCCCGUGACCGCGACUUCACCGACGUCACCAUCGACGCCGUUUUUGUCUUUGCCGACUCGCGCGACUGGGCGGGUGAUAUCCAGAUCAUGCUCGACAUCGCCAUGUCCAAGGGUGGCCGCCUCGGAACGCGCAGCGAAACCUUCGACGAGGGUCCGCCCUUUUACUUUUCCCACAACGAUGUUGUCUGGUCCGCCGCUCACGAGCACGUCAGGCUUGGCAUGGGCGCCCUCCGCCGCAUGUUCGAGGUCACCUUCGCCGAUCUCACGGCCGGCAAGGGCAAGCUUCACUCGCAUGCCUUUGGAAAGCCUCAGGUUUCCACCUUUGAGUUUGCAUCACGCCUCAUGAGUCAAUGGCGCAAUUCGGAACAUGGCCUCGAGGCGCCCCCUCAGACCGUCUACUUCGUCGGCGACACGCCCGAGAGCGACAUCCGCGGCACCAACGCCGUCAACGAAACGGCCGACAAUGAUUGGUUCAGCAUUCUUGUCAAGACGGGCGUCUAUCAAGAGGGUACCGAGCCCGCCUACAAGCCUCGCGUCACCGUCAACAAUGUCCUCGACGCCGUCAACUUUGGUAUCCAGCGCGAGAUGCGGAACAAAGUCGUCUCCUCCCUCAACAAGGGCGUUCUUGCUCAAGCCAACUUGGAGGCGACCAUCUUGGACGUCGACGAUGCCGUCGACGCAUAG